AUGGCUAAGAGCAAGAACAAGAAAAAGAGCAAGAGAACUGAACUGGCUGCUCGCGAGAUUGAGCUGCGUGUAGCUCCCAUUCUCGAAGUGCAAUAUACUGAGCCAUUAUUCACAGUUGCUGCUCAUCCCACAGAACCAGUGAUUGUAUCAGGAUUAGCAACCGGUCAUGUCUACUGUAAUAGAUAUGAUGCAGAAGCAUUGGAAGAUCAACAGCGACGCGAGCGUGAACGUAUUGCAUCUUCUAUCAGGUCUGUUUCCCAACUGAAAAAUAAAUGGUGGGAGGUAACUAACUAUGAUGCUGCUAAAGGCUCUCUCUACACUACGCUGUGGAAAACAAAAAGACAUAAAGGAUCAUGUCGAUCAGUUAUAUUUGAUCCUACUACCUCAAAUGCCGGGAAGUACAUCUACACUGUUGGUUCAGAUAAUGUGAUCAAAAAGGCAACAGCAGAGACUGGGAAAGUAGCAAGCAAAGUUGAUAUUGUCAAGGAAUACCAAUCGAAAGGUGAUUCUGUGACUAAGUUGUGUCAUUCUUCCACUCAUGAUUUCUUGCUUGCCGGUACUGAAAACGGACUGGUUCUUGUAUUUGAUAGUAAAAACCUUGGAUCUUCAAUAAAAUAUUCAGUAGCCGAGGCUCACGAAGAUGCCAUUAAUCAUAUACUUCCCAUGCCUCAUGUUUCAGCCUAUCAUUAUUUAACUUUGGGUCUGACCACCUUAUCUCAUAUCGAUAUUCGGAAGGGUAUUAUAACUCAAUCAGAUAAUCAAGAAGAUGAGUUGCUCUCUAUGUGUUAUCCUACUGAUGAUACUAUGAACGAUACAGUUUUGGUUGGACAUGGUGAGGGUAUCGUUACUAUUUGGAAGAACUCCAAGAAUAAGUUUAUGGACCAACUUUCACGAAUCAAAGUCAACAAAGGUGUUUCUAUUGAUUGCAUAGUACCCAGUAUGAACGAAGACCUGCCUGAAUCUGUAUGGUGUGGGGAUAGUGAUGGUUUCUUACAUCGUUUGGAUUACAGGAAAGGGAAGGUUGUGGAAACAAGGCUUCACUCAAAUGCUACUGAAAAACAUGGUGCUAUAGAUGAAGUUGGUAUACUUGAUAUUGAUUAUAAUUACAGGCUCAUUAGUGCUGGAAUGGAUAGCUUAAAGAUAUGGUCAGGGAGUGGUAAUGAGGAACAACCUGAAGCCGAAGUAGAUGAUGAGAGUGAUGAUGAUAGCGAGGACAGUGCUGAUGAUAUGGAGAAUAGCGACAAGGAAGAUAAUAGUGAUAGUGAUUCUGAUAUUAACGACGAUUCAGAUUCAGAAUCUGACCUCAACGAAAGCGAUUCUGACGGUUCAAGUGAAAACGACUCGAAGGCAAAGAGUGUGAAUGAGAAGAAGAGAAAAGUAGUUGAUAUCAACAAACUCACUGCAAAAGGUAACGAACAUGGUGAAGAAAAGGAGGAGUCUGAACCUGCUAGACCCAAGAAGAAAGUCAAGCAAUUGAGCACUAAGCAACUUCGUAAUCUUCAGAGACAUGAACACGGAAUCAAGAGAUUCGAUGGGUUGUAA